GCCCCCAUCCACCCCGACCAACACUGCUUCUAUCUCCUUUCCAUCAAUCUGCCCACGCAGGGUCUCCCAGCGCUGAGGGUCCUGGAGAGGGAGGAGGAAUCCCACCCAAUUAGCAUCAAGGGAGCGGGGCUCAGGGCCGCGGGAAGGUGAGCUCGCACCGGGUGCACGCGCCAGCCUCAGCCAGGCGUGUUCCUGCGCUGCGGGAGAGGCCGGCGGGCUGCUUCCCACGACCCGCCCUCCCAACCCCGCGCAGCGUGAAAGGUGAGACUCUCAGCAGAGGGCGCAGCAGGGGGGACACCCGAUGCGCCUCCCGCGGCGCCGGUAAUCCGUCUGCAGCCACUCCCUGUCGCUGGGACUCACUGAAGCGCACGGCCGGCCUGGGCGCGCGGAUAUAAACCUGGGCUCCUGUUUCCCCACCCAGAGAGAGGGACAUGGGGCCAGCCGGGCGCCAGCUCGCAGCCCUGCUCUGGAAGAACUGGCUGUGCAGACUCAGGAACCCGGUCCUUUCCCUCGCCGAAUUCUUCUGGCCGUGCAUCCUGUUCCUGGUCCUGAUGGUGCUUCGGCUCCAGGAGCCUCCCCGGCACAGAGACAACUGUUACCUGCAGCCCCGGGACCUGCCCAGCCGGGGCGUCUUCCCCUUCGUGCGGAGCCUCCUCUGCAACACCGGGGCGACCUGCAGGAACCGAAGCUACGCCGAGUCCGCGGAGCACCAGUUCCGUUCACCUGCGUUCCAAGCCUCGGCCAGCCGUCAUGAGGCGAUCGAUGACCUGGUCUUCCUACAAGACGUGCAGGACUUGGCCACUGAGGUUUGCGACGUGAUGGACGAGGCCGCCAACUUAAAGAAGCUUUGGGUAGAAAGAUCCGAGACCCCAGGUUCCCCUCACGGCUCCGGCUUUUUCACAAUAGAUCUCAAUAAGACAGAGGAGGUGAUAUCGAAAUUGGAAAGCCUUCACCAGCAGCCCCAAAUCUGGGAUUUUCUACUCUCACUGCCCAGACUGUUUGCAGACACCGUCCAUGCUGACGACGGUCUCGUCGGCGGAGUGCCCCUUCUCCAGGCAGUCCUGAAGAUCUUAAAUUCUACCAAGGAGCUUCUAAUGAUGGAUAAGAAGUUGCAUACCCUUGAAGAUGAGCAAAUGAACUUUCUCUUGUCGUUUGUGGAAUUUUUGGAGAAAUUGUUAUUGCCCAACCCUUUCAACUCACCCAGUGGGCCCACUGAGACUGUUCUGAAUACAAGUCAUUUGUGGGUGAAUCAUUUCAAGGGUUUAGAAAGAAAGCUAUCUGGUAUUGACGCUCAGAAACUUUGGGAAUUUGGCCAAAAGGUGAUUGAAAAAACACAAAGUCUUGAAAAGAAGGAGUCAGGCUAUAUCUUGAGACUUAUAGAAACAGUACUUUUUGAGAUUAACCCCAAGCUAGUGGAAUUGUGGAUGUAUGGCAUUCCGGAAGGAGACAGAGCUACGCUGGAAACCCUGUCUGCACUUUCAAAUUUUUCUGUUCUAGGAAAUGAGAGGAUUCUUAGUAAAAGCUUUAACGUUUCCCAGUUGUUUUGGUUGGACUGGCCUAAGUCGGCAGCUGUGAAAGUGGAUUUUGUUCAUCUGAGCGAAACUGUACUAGACAGUCUCCGUGAGUUUGGGUUUCUGGGGCUGGAACAGGCCUCGGAAGCUCUGGGCACAGUGCGUGCUGUCAGGAACGCAUCCGACCUCCUCUCAGCCCUUUCUGAACCCCAGAAACAAGAAGUGGGUGAAAUACUGACUCACUUGUGUCUAAAUGUCUUUAAGGAUGAAGAUACAGCCUUUCUUCUGCAGGUGUAUUCUUCAUUUCACCAGCAUAUUGAUCAAUUCUCGGGCAUGCAGAGUAGAGAGUCUGUGCUCUCUUCCCUUACACAAACCUCGAAACACGUUCUGCAAAUCAUAGAACAAUUUAGUGUUCAAAACAUCAGUGCAGCAUUUGCAUUUUUAUAUGAGACAACAGAAUUUCUUGGAGGGAUUUCUGAAUUAUCCUACUGUCAACAAUUACUUUCUGUUUUCAACUUCCUGGAGCGUCAAGCGCACUCCCUGGUGUCUACGGAGGGCCCAGCGUGGGAAGCGACCCGCGCGACCUUGAUGGGCCUCAGGCAGCUCUUCACGGAGGACGAAGGUUUUCGUGUUUCUUUACUCCAGUACGUGAACCAGCUCUUCGAGGGUUCAGCAGCAGCUUCGCUGGGCAGCGAGUGCUUUGUGUGGGGUAACAAAAGCGCUCCUCCUGUGAACCGUUCAGCAGACGGGGCCCUCCCCUGGGCGCAGGUCCUUUCACACCGCUCCACCCGCCAUGGCGUGUUCGGCGAGCUGCAGGCUCUGCACUGCUUCGUCCCGUGGCUGCGGAUGUGGGCUGAGGUCUGGGCAGGCACGGCGGCGCAGGUGCUGCAGUGGGAUGCGGGCGUCUUCGCCCCCCUGCAUGCUGGCCUCUCUCAGCUGGCGGAGGAACUGGAAAGGGGCCUGAAGAUUUCCGAAAGCUGCCGGGGGCGGUUUCCUACCCAUCGCCCUGCGAGGCUCGUGUUACGUCUACUUAAAAGCCUGCCUCCAGGGGGCGGCUCCUGUGACCGGGAGGGGCUUCUGGCUCUCAGGGGUCUCUGGGCGGCGCUCCGUGGUGCAUUAGCCAGAGUCGAGUCGCUGCCCCGGGACCAAGUCGAGAGGUCGCUCUUCGCCGUGGAAAGUGCCCUGCGUGGGCUGGGGGCGUUUCCGCUGAACACCAGUGCCGGCAGGGAAUUUUUCCGUUCCCUGCUGGGUGUCUUCAUGGAGCUAGGCGACGCCUCAGGACCCAGAGACGGACAUGCCCGUUUGAUAGAUCGCUUGCUUCCCAGUAACCUCACGGACUAUGAGGCACAGCUUGAAAGUGUCAUCGCUGACCUUAGAGAAACAAUAUUAUUUCUUAGAAAUGUGUCACAUGACCGAGACUUGCUGUCCUGUGCUGACAUUUUCCAAAAUAUUACUGAGUUUAUUUUGGAAGACGGCUUGUCACAUGUAAACACUUCACAAAGGACAUUGCAUAUCCUGGCCCUGUUAAACUCCUCAUUUGACUCUGAGGGCUCCAUCAGCAGACUGAAAGGGUGCAUGGAAUGGGCGGACGGCAUAAACCGUCUCUGUGGGAGAGCCAACCCCAGUUCUUCACAAGACCAGCUUCGGGGCAUUCUGAGGAGUUUCGGAGACGCGGAAAAGAAAAUUAACUCUACAUUGACGCUCAUUACUUGGUUGUUGAAUACAGUGAAACCUGGCUGUUCAUUGAAUAUGUCAAAUGUAAAUUGUGUGAAUAUUUACUUAAAAAACAUAACUGACUUUCUACACGUUAUUCUUACUACAGUCUUUGAAAAAGAAAAGGUACCAAAAUUCGAGAUGUUAUUAACUCUUUUAAAUGAUUCCACAAAGCAGGUAAGGAUGAUUGUCAGCAACCUAACCAGAGACUUUGAGUUUGCAUCUCCGCCCACCUGGAAACGGUUUACUGAGUUAAUUCUACGACCCAUAGAAGUGUCCGAUGAAAUUCCUAGCCAAUUUCAAAAUAUUUGGCUGCAUUUAGUAGCUCUGGGGAAAGAAAUUCAAGAACUUGUGAGAGAUAUUUCCCCUACCUUUCUGGAAAAUAACCUCUCUUCUAAAGCUAAAAUGUUUUUAGGUAUAUUUACUACCAGUCCAAAGGAAAAGUAUAUAAAUCAUCUAGGCCGUUCACUUUUUCAUUUAGCUAGUUACCUUGCAUUCAACUUAUCGCAUGAACUCCAAAAUUCAUCCAAAAUAAUUCCACGUGAAGCAGUGAAGGUUGUGGGUCUUGGUGUUCAGUUGGUGAGGGAUGUGUUCAACUCCCUGAUGCCCUCCGUCCUUCACAACAUUCCGGAAGGUCCAGGUAAUCAUAAAGUUUUGAAGAAGGUAGCUUCUCUUCUGCGCGCCCUGAAGAACACCGACAUAGACCUUCUGGUAGGCCAACUUGAACAACUUGGCGAAAGCCUAGUGGAAUUGUUUAAGAACAUAAGUAGGCCAGGCGCUGAUAACACGGGGGUCGACCUGCUUGUCGGCCUGAUGGAAAAGCUGGUAGACAGCUCCCGUGCUUGGAAGGCCAACCAGCUGCUGAGGCUGUCCCGCCUGUUCCCCCGAGAGGACGUGGAUGUCAUGGUGGGCCUGUACUACGCCCUUCCUCACGCCGCCAGGCUCCUGCAGAGAGCGGCGGGCCGCAACGUCACGGAGGUCCUCCGGGACCUCUACAACUUCACGGUCCUUCACGGCACAAGCAUUUCCGAUGUCACCAAGGAAGACUUGGCUGGUGCGAUAAAAGCUCUCCUGGACACCGUUGCGCUGGCGUCAGACAAACCGAGCCUCCUUGCGGAGGCUUUAACUUGCCUCCCUGUGGUUUGGUGCCGGAACCGCACAAGUUCCGGGUCUCAGCAGAAUCCCAAGUUCGCAGCCUGUCACGGCCACGUCCACAGCAGAGUGGCCAGUGUUCUGGACAGCCUCCACCUGUCUCCCCCGGGGGAGGCUUCGUGGUGUUCAGACGAGAGUGCACAGCGGGAGGUGACUGGGAGAGUGGUCUGCGCGAUUCAGGGGCUAGUGGACUGGGCCUCCCUCCUCCCGGCGCUGCCCGAAGUCUCCCGCGUGAAGACUCCCACGUUAAAGCACGUGAGGGCCGUGCAGGGAGUUUGGUGGAAGGUGCUGCCGCUCGUCCCCUCUUCUGGAAAUCGGAGCGACGGCAGCGUCUCCAGACUCUGUCCCAGUGGCCCCAUAAAGCAGGCCGCUGUGCAGAUCAUAGAAACACUGAAAAACGUCAGUUUUACAGAAGCCACAUGGGAUGAAGACAUUCUGGGUAAGCUAGCUGCUUUCAACAAGGUCCUCAGCAGCGAAGGCGCGCAGGCGUCUCUUAGGAACGUUUCCGUGAUCUUGGGAAGGAUGACGGAGUCGCUUUCCGGCGACCAGAGCCUGGGGAAUGGCACCCGCUCUCCCGCCUCUCUGUUCUCGACGUUUCUGAGCGCAAACCUGACGGGAAGGGGUUUCAAAGCGCUAUCGAGUUUUCUUAAGAAACGUGAAGCAGCUUACAGUUUUGAGGAUCUGUGGCUUAAGUCUGAGCAAAUCAUGGAAGAUCUAAACCGUGGCUUAAAUAGCAGACCCCUGUUCUCUGACAUUAACAAAGAAACCCAAACCAUUAACUCAGUGGCUCUUCUGAAUGUAACUUUGCAACUUGCCCAGUUUUUGGAAAACCUGACUUCAUCGCAGGCAUUAGGAAUUACUGAAGAUUUUCCAUCGGUCAUGAAGAACUGGCUUCAUAAAUAUGCAAAUGACGAAUACUCCAGAAUGAUACCAGCAUCAUCUCCUCCUGCAGCCAAUGGGCGUUCAGCCGACGACACAGCUCUGCUGACUGCAGGCGUCUCUGCCUUUCUGGGUUUCCUCGAGAACGUCGCCAGAGGAGGAGGUGAUGUUGGUGCCGGCCUUCUCACUCAACCGGUGGACUGGGAGCAGCUGUCGAACGUCUCCGUUGUCCGGUUGCUUUUGGAAAGCUUCCUGACUAACUCAGUCAGUGACCUGGCUGCGAGUCCUCCAGAAGCGGCCUGGAGUGUCGGUGGCCGCGACCUUCACAUCACGGAUCUCCUGAACCUCACCUCGACCCCGGCACAGUCAGGAGAGGGUGAGAGGAUGAGUCCGCCCCCAGGAAGCGUCGUGGAGUUCGUGGGACAGCUUCUGGAAGCGUUCUUCCCCCUCCUGGACAAGGAGAGCCCCGAGAACAGAGCGCCCGUCCUGCCGAGAGGCUUCCUCGGGGCCGCCGCCGCGGAGGGGAGGAGCCGGGAACAGCACCCAUGCCUGCAGGUCUCCCGGGUGACCUCGCCCUUCUCUCCCCUCAGUGCUGUUGGACUGUGUGAGGACCCCCAGCCGCCUGUGCAGCCCCCUGCGGCCGCGGCCGCCCUGCGGAGGGUGAAGAUGCUGGUCCUGCGUGCGCUCCUCAGGCUCGCAGAGCACCCCUCCGAGGCCGAGGACCUGCUGUGCGCAGCCUGGGCCCGCGGGCCAGGCUGGGGGCGGCGGCUGGCCGCAGCUGCUCUGCAGGUGGCCGCGGUGCUGCGCGACCUCUACCAGGAGCUGGAGGAGGGGUGGUCCUCGCCCCACGAGGUGCUCAGCUGCGAGGGUCUCAGCAGGAACCUCUCCCGCGCCUGGGAGCUCUUCAGGAGCCGCUUGCAGCACGCCAGCGCCGAGGGCGGUGCAUGCGCGCCCGCGCCGGACUGGGCCCCGCAGCGCCUGCUCAGGCUGGCCCGAAGACUCGGGGAGACUCUGUUCUCUGGGACGCCGAUUAUGGCGCUUCUGGGCAACUUCACGGUGACCCCGGGCGUGAAGGUGAGAGAGCUGAUGAGGAACGCCACCGAGGCCGCCGAGGCACUUCGAGCCGUCCCCCUGUCGGAGGGGACCGUCAGCAGUGUUCUGGAGGCGCAGGUUCCCCACUCACAGGUCCUGCCGGGCGCCCUGGCGGCGGCUCUGUCCGGGAGGUGCGACGAGGACGUGCUGCGUCUCCUGCUGGCCUUCCCGGAGGGCGGGCGGUCCGCGCCGGCCGCGAGGGAGCUGUGCAGCCUGCCCGGGGCCGCCGCCUGCUCCCUGCUGGUGUCCGUGGGCCGGCACCUGGACCUGCGCCGCCUCGUCUACAAGAUGCUGAUACCGGCGGGAGCCAACCGCGUGCUCGGCUCCCUGCUGGGCGUCGUCUCCCGGCUCAGCCGCCUGCUCCCCAGAGCCAGCCGCGUCCUGGAGCGCCUCCCCGAGUUCCUCCGCACGUCGGGGAUCUCAGCCUUGCUGGACGUGUCCGGCUUCCACCAGGCGCCCCCCGGGGAGCAGGCCCGGCGCUCCGCCCUCGGCUCCUUCCAGGAGGUGACGAAGACGGUCUGCAAGGAGGAGGCGUCCUUCCUGGGCGGCGCGCACCUGCCCCUGCACUUGCCCAGAGUGGACGGGCCCCUGGGCGGGGACGAGCAGAAGUUCCACCUUCCCGGGGACGCCGCCCCGUUCUGCCUGGAGCUCUACCAGGAGAUCCUGCGGUCCCCAGACGGCGCCCUGGUGUGGUCCUUCCUGAAACCCCUGCUGCUCGGGCGCAUCCUGUACGCCCCGGACACCCCGGAGGUCAGCAGGGUCAUCCGGAAGGCUAAUCACACCUUCCUGUUUGUGGACAAGCUGCGGACCGCAUCAGAAGCGCUGCUGAAGGCGUCCGGCGUUUUCCAGAGCGGCGGGGACAGCCAGCUGCUCGGCCAGCUGCAGGAGGCCCUGAGGAACAGAUUCGUGAGACACUUCGUGGGCACCCAGCUGGGCAUCGACGUGGACCAGCUGACGGAAAGGCUCCAGACGUACGGGGGCGCCCUGGGCAGGAUGCUGAGCCGCGCGGGCACCGCCCGCGUCCUCGCCCUGGGCCGCGUCCUGGUCAACCUGUCCUCCUGCGUGGCGCUGGACCGCUUCCGGGGGCUGGAGUCCAUCGCCGGCCUGGAGGCCGCAGCUCGGGAGCUCAUGCGGGAGAACAGCUUCCUGGCCAGCGUCAUCUUCAACACGUCCGAGGCCGGUGGCAGCAGCUCCGGGCCGGGCCCCCGCCGGCUGCCGCCCCGCGUCUCCUACACCAUCCGCACCAGCGUGCUGUACAGCGUGAGGACCGACCUGGUGAGGAACCCCUUCUGGAAGUUCCACCCGCAGAGCCUGCCGGCCGACGGGUUCCGGUACAACUACGUGUUCGCCCCGCUGCAAGACAUGGUCGAGAGGGCCCUGGUCCUGGAGCAGACCGGGCAGGGGGCCGUGGGCCCGGCCGUGCAGGUGCAGGCCAUGCCCUACCCCUGCCACCGCAGCGACCUGUUCCUGAGCAACGUGGGCUUUUUCUUCCCGCUGAUCAUGAUGCUGGCGUGGGCGGUGUCCGUGGCCAGCAUGGUCCGGCAGCUGGUGUACGAGCGGGAGAUCCAGCUGGAGGGGUACCUGAGCAUGAUGGGGGUGCACCCCGGCACCCACUUCCUGGCCUGGUUCCUGGAGAACGCGGCGGUGGCGGCGGCCGGCAGCGCCGUCCUGGCGGCCGCCCUGAAGGCCAGCGGCAUCUUCGCGCACAGCGACGCCCUCCUGGUCUUCCUCUUCCUCCUGGACUUCGGGGUGUCGGUCGCCGCGCUGAGCUACUUGCUGAGCGGGCUCUUCCGCCGGGCGAGCACGGCCGCCCUCUGCGGCAGCCUGCUGUACGUGACCAGCUUCCUGCCCUACGUCGUGCUGCUGGUGCUGCGCGGCCGGCUGGGCGCCGCGGCGCAGGCGUGUCUGUGCCUGUUCUCCACCACGGCCUUCGGGCAGGGCGUGUUCCUCAUCACCUUCCUGGAAGGGCAGGAGGCAGGGGUCCAGUGGGGCAACGUGGAGCAGUCCCCGGAGCCGGUGGGCAUGGCCUUCGGCACGGUGUGCUGGAUGCUGCUGCUGGACUCGGGCCUCUACCUGCUCUGUGGGUGGUACCUGAGCAGCCUGGUUCCCGGAACCUUCGGUGUCAGGAAGCCCUGGUACUUCCCGUUCACCUGCGUCGCACUGGAGGAGCGCCUGCGGUGUGGCGGCCCGGGGACAGCGUGGCCUGUGUCCCGGCCAGCCCCCGCCCCGCGUGGACUCAGACCCUGCAGGUUCGUGAGGAGCCGCAGCCGGGACAGGGCCUGCCCUCCGCCGGCCUUGGGCCGGGUUUCCUUCUGGCCGAGCCUUCGUGACCGCGUGCGUGUCUCCCGGCCCCCCAUGGGUCACCGCUCGCCCCCGCCACCCGGGAAGGAGGGCGCCCCGGGCGUCACCCUGGUGUCGGUGACCAAGGAGUACCAGCCCCGCCAGGCGGCCGUGCGCGACCUGACCCUCACCUUCCACAGAGACCAGGUCACCGCCCUGCUGGGCACCAACGGCGCCGGGAAGACCACCGUGCUGUGCGUCCAUGCUGACGGGCUGCAGGCCCCCACCUCGGGCACCGUCCUCGUCGACGGCCGGGACCUGCGGACGGACUUGCCCGCGGUCAGGAGGGAGCUGGGCGUGUGUCCUCAGCGGGACGUCCUGCUCGACCGCCUCACCGCCCGGGAGCACCUGCUGCUCUUCGCGUCCCUCAGGUCGCCGCAGUGGACCGCGGCGGAGCGGCGGCGGCACGUGGACGCAACCCUGCGGGACGUGGGCCUGGAGCAGCACCGGCACCAGCAGGCCCGCGCCCUCUCUGGGGGCCUGAGGCGGAAGCUGUCCAUCGGCGCCGCUGUGCUCGGCGGGUCGAGGACCGUGGUUCUGGACGAGCCCACCAGCGGGGUGGACCCCUGCUCCCGGCGCGGCAUCUGGGACAUCCUCCUCAGGCACCGGCAAGGCCGGACGAUCAUCUUCACGACCCACCACCUGGACGAGGCGGAGGCCCUCAGCGACCGCGUGGUCCUGCUGCAGCAGGGCCGGCUGCAGGGCUGCGGGCCCCCCCUCUGCCUGGCCCAGGCCUGCGGCCGGGGCCUGCGCCUGACGCUCACGAGACAGCCCUCCGUCCCGGAGGCGGAUGACCGGGAGCACGCCGCGUGCGCCACGUCCCUGGUGCAGACCUACGUCCCGCGGGCGCGCCUCCAGCACAGCCGCGGGCGCGAGCUGAGCUACGCCAUCCCCCCGGACGCCGACCGCGCCGGCCUCACCGGGCUCUUCCAGGCCCUGGAGCAGCACCAGCGCCGCCUGGGCCUCACGGGCGUCGGGCUCUCGGACCCCACGCUGGAGGAGGUGUUCCUGGCGCUUUCGCAAGAUUCCGGAAAGCAGGCUGAGGCUGCUGCCCCCGGGGCGGAGGCGGAGUCGCGGAGCCGCGGGCCUCCGGGGCGGGGCCCUGGGCGCUACGACGGCGCCCCGGCCGGCACCCUCGCCCAGGUGGCCGCCCUGCUGGCCCAGCGGCUGCGCCACGCGCGCCGGGCCUGGGGCGGCACGCUCUCGGACCUGCUGCUGCCUGUGCUCUUCGUGGCCUUGGCCAUGGGCUUGUUCAUGGUGCGGCCUCUGGCCGUCGAGUACCCGCCCCUCAAGCUGAGCCCUGGCCUCCACGAGGAAGCCGAAGCGUGCUUUUUCAGCGGCGGCGGGAGCGAGGACGCGGAGCUGGCCCAGGUGCUGCUGCGGGCGUUCGGGGACGAGGGGCUGCUCUGUGCCGGCGGAGACCCAGACCCGGACCCGAAGGACCCUUCCUGUUGGCGCUCGGACCCGCCUUUCCGCCCCCACGCCCCGGCUUCCUGUGGCUGCCUGGCCUGCCCGAACGCCAGCGCUGGCGCCCCCGCCCUGACCAGCCGCCUGGGCCACUCGCUGCUGAACCUCUCGGCCGCCCGCCUGGAGGAGUUCCUGCUGCUGCCCAGCUGACCAGCCCC